AUGGCUAUGUCCGCAGAAACCGAGAGAGUAAUCAAAUUCAGUUUGUCGGGCAGAAAUUUAGCAAGCAUAUCAACAGUGGAGAUGAUGUCUGAAAAAAAAAACAAGGAAAAGAGAGAGGAGGGACGAGUAUUCGCUGUGCUGAAGGCUGUUCAAUCCGACAUGGCGACAAUGCAAAGCGAGAUAAAGUUUCUCCGUGAUGCAGCAAGCAAGGUGCCUGAACCGGGGGAUGACAUGCGAAACAACGUGGCGACGAAGCCUAGUCGACCGAAUCGUGGAUGUAAAGAAUGUGAAGAGAAAGGUUUGUCGGAUAUGUGUAGUGACUGUUUUCUUUGUGGUGGGGCCAAUCAUAUAGCCAGAUAUUGCAACACGAAGUUCAGAAAUCAGGAAAAUCACAAAGGGCUGCCCCCGAGGGACAAGGUGUAGACUUAUCAAAGACAGAAAGGAAGUGCCACAUUUGUAAUUCCUGUUUGAAGAAAGAAAGUAGGUCAAAUGAAUUUCAAAUAUGUUCGAUAUGUAAAAUUGUGCAUUAUUGUUCAAAGGAUUUCCAGAGGGAACAUUGGGUUGAACAUAAGACUCUCUGUACAUCCAUCAAGAACUUCUCAACAACUGCAGGUACAAUACCUGGUUUGGGAGAUUCCGCAGAUACGAACAUGUUUGUCAGUUAUCUCACCCCAAAACAGAGAGAUACCGUAGUUAAGCCUGUUGGGGAAAAGUGUCAAGUCAAAUGCCAACUAAAUGUUAAAGAAACUGAGAUGCGUUGGGACACAGGAGCCCAGGUCUCAAUUCUACCUGAGAGAAUUUUGAAGGACAUGUUCCCAGACAUUCCGGUUGAGGACAUACACGGGAUUUGGGGGCUGGAUCAGAUCUAAGGCUAGAAGCAGCCAAUGGAACACAAAUUCCGUAAAACGGGUGGGUAGGAGUAAAUUUUAAGCUCCUUAACAAUUCAGCAAAAGAAGUCCCAGUACCAUUUUUGGUCAAAAUGAAGACCUUAACUGUCCCAUAAUUGGUUACAACGUAAUUGAACUUUUUGUGAAGGAUAAUGACCCAGAAUCGGCAUUGGUCGCUGUUGCAGAAAGUUUUGACAAUGUCAGUAACGCAGAGGUAAGUGCCCUAGUUAAUUUUAUGAACAGCGAUCUAAGCGAAAGUCUUUGCGCAGUUCGAACAUCGAAAAAGAAAGUUGUUAUCUUUAGUGGCCAGACCAUAAAUAUUUCAUGCCGUGCAAACACUGGACCAAUAAGACGAAACAGCCCUGCAUUAUUUGAGCCAGAUGAACAAACCCACAUGCCAAUAGGUCUAACAGUUCAAGAGGCUCUGACCACAGUGAAACAAGGGAAGUCUAGCUUAAUAGAUAUUCCAGUAACUAACACAACACAGCACGAUAUUGUCUUACCCGAUAGACUAGUCCUGGCAACCUACAAUUGGUUCGCUCGGUUACUCCACUUGGAGUCAAAUUAUAGAAGGAAGAACUGGGAGAGCAGCCAGGCAACAUAG